UGAAAACGCUCGUGCCUCCUCUACAGCUCAGGAAAGCUGGAAAACUCGCUUUGUAGGGGGGACAAAAAAAAACAGGGCACCUUUCACAUCGGAUAAAGAGGUUUACCAUGACUUGAGACCCUAAUCCUGCACUCCUCCACUUUCUGCAUUCUGCGUUUUAUUUAUUUUCCUUUUUGAGGACUACCUUGCGAGGAUUGAAGAACAGAGUUCAACAUUCAUGGAUAUCAAAUCCUGGAUUUUUUGGCAUUUUUUUAUUGGGUGAGCUAUAAAACAUGAGUUCCCAGCACUACUACAAUCUCUGACACGGCUUUGGACCUAAACCAGAAGUGGCAUUCCUGUUCAUCUCUAUCACUUCCUAAACCUUGUUGUUUUUGGAGAAGAAAUGUAUUUUUAGUAAACCACCACGAUAAGGUUUAAUUUGCUUAUUCUCAAACACUAUCCUCGGCCGGGCCGUUACCUCUGCUUCCUGUGUUUUGUUUGUCACUGAACAUUUUCGUAGCAUUUACAGGGUUAUUAUAACCUUAGUGUGUGUUAUUUUUAGUCAUUUGUAUGUUCUGUGUUCUCAAUGUAUUGUUAAUUGAAACGGUGCUUCCUAUUUUAUUUAAACAAGUUGUGAUAGUGGAAAAUUGUUCAAGUCAGUAACUUAAGAAAUUUUGUUUAAUGAUUAUUUAAUGUACAUGCACACACAUUUCCGUUUAACCUUGAUAAAAGGUAAGCCUUUUCUCAUAUUGUGAUAUUCUGCCAGUGUAGUCAGACAAAGAGAGAAAAGCAAAUAAUCUGGCUUCUUUGUGCAUCUUCAUUUUUAAACAAAACUUUAAUUUUUGUUGGGAUACUAGCAAUACUAAACUGGAAAUCUCUUUUGUGUAUUGUGUUUUGAUCAGAUGAUCAUAAGAGGAUUUAGCAUUGUUUCCAGGCAAAGUGCACUGAUGGAAAAGAUUUAACACUAUCAGGGAUAGAAAAGCCUGCUGACGUUUUUUUGUGUGUUUUCUUAAAAAGACACCUGUUGAAACACUGUCAUCAUUUGUAACUUUUUUUAACCUUAAGUUUAUGCAAAAGCCCAUGGUUUGGGCUUUAAAAAGCUGACACAUUUUAUCUCCGAACAACUGACACAUUUUAAUUCAGAACAAGUCAUCUUCAUUCAGAUGAAAGAUCUCUUCAUGAGGCAUUCAAGCUGUCUUUUCCAAAUAUACUUUCUGCAUCCCAGUGGCACUACCUUUUGAGCCCAGACAUUGAAUAUGCGCUCCCCAGGCCCAGAGAGCCCAUCUAUGACUGAGGAAGCCCUGCUGCAUGGACAGUUUGGCGGUUGGAGCAGCGGAGGGGGAAGUGGAAGUAACAGCAACAGCUGCCCCAAUAGCCCUGGAGGUGUUUCUUUACCAUCCAGCCCAGCCUCCACCAACUACGCCCUGACCCUCACGCCAACCCACAUCCAUGUCCAGCGGUUGUCACCACGUGCAGGGAAGCAGUCCAGGCUGAUCCUGCCUCUGGCAGAACUGACCGGAUGCAGCUGCCCGCGCUCGCCGGCCCCUCCUUUGCUGGUGCUUUACUGGUACCCUCCGGGACGUCGCCGCAAAGGCGUCUCCAGACAUAGACAGGUGAGGGCGUACUUGGCGGAGAGCAGAGUUGAGGCGGAGAAAUGGAACGCUGCUAUACAGAGCCUGCUGAGGGGAAUGGAUGUCAGCUCCACCACAGCAGAAUUUUGCAAAAGCAUGUUGCCCCGUCCCCGUCGACUGUUGCUGCUGGUCAAUCCAUUCAGUGGCCGGGGUCAGGCAAUGCAGUGGUGUCAAACGCACAUACUUCCAAUGAUAAGAGAAGCCAACAUCAGCUACAACCUCAUACAGACAGAGCGUCAGAAUCAUGCACGUGAUCUAAUCAGAGACAUCUCGCUCCCAGAAUGGGACGGAAUUGUCAUUGUUUCUGGAGAUGGACUCUUGCACGAGGUGAUAAAUGGCCUGAUGGAACGGCCAGACUGGGAACAAGCAAUAAAAACUCCUGUGGGAAUCCUGCCUUGUGGCUCUGGAAAUGCACUUUCUGGUUCAAUCAACCACUAUGCAGGAUAUGACAUGUGCCUUCGGGAGCCUCUCCUCCUCAACUGCUGUUUUUUGCUGUGCCGGGGUGGGGUUAAACCGAUGGACUUGGUGUCUGUUACAACCAGCCCAUGUGCUUCAUCAUCCACAGCCAAUCAGAAUGGGCACCCACCUGCUCCCAGGAGGCUUUUCUCUUUCCUUUCAGUGGCCUGGGGUUUUGUGUCUGAUGUGGACAUAGAGAGUGAACGCUACAGAGGGCUGGGCUCAGCACGGUUUACACUUGGAACACUAGUAAGAUUGGCUUCUCUACGCUCUUAUAAGGGCCGUCUUUCCUACCUGCCACCCGGUAUGGUCAACCCGUCCCUCGAUGCCACACCUCAGCCGCCUCGCAGGCCACUUUCACGCAGCAUUACCGAAGGUUUGGAGGGAUUUUGUCGCACUCCCAUCCACCGGACCUGCUCCGACAUGGGCCUGAGUGAACAAAGAAGUCUCCGUAAAGGAGAUGGGGAACGAGAAAGGGAAAGAGAGAGGGAGAGGCAGGAGAGAGAGCGGGAGAGAGAGAGGAGAAGAGAGAGGGCAAGAGGGGUUGGAGUAGUGAGAGCUAGCAGUCUCGCAGAAGACCGAGAGAGAGAAGUGGAAGCAGAAGAGAAGAUGGAGGAGACGUCAAGGAUCAGCUCAGAAUCAACUGAAAGGGAAGAGUGUGACAACAUAGCCAGUAAUAAUGGAAAUGGGGAAGAAGAGAAUAAACCAGGUGGGGUUGAGAUGGAUGGAGAAGAAGUGAUGAAAGCAAGAGAUUCGAGUGAAAGAGAUGAGGCAAAAGAAUGCAACGAGAGUUAUCAAAUGACUCCACCUGAGAUGCAACGCUCACUACGCAAAAACUCGGCCCCUUCUAGCCAGAUAAUUAAUGCAUUUUUCAGCCAGCCAAUUGGUGCAGAACCUGACCAAGACUUGGAGCUGGCAGCCUAUGGCAAGGAGGACGAAGACAUAAAUGGCACCUACUUUCAAAGAGAGGCAUUUCCACUGGACAAGUCUCGUGAGCGAGCCCUUACCAUCUCAUCUUCUCCAUUCCGUCAGUCUCCUUUCAAAGCUUUCAAACCUAAAACUUUAGACCAGAACCAGAACCCCACACGGCCACGGCCCCUGUCUCUUCUCCACCAAUCGCAUUCAAACUCUCUCCCUCCAAAAUUUCCAUCCCUCUCGCUGUCCCUUUCCCCGACCCCUCCUUCGUCUCCAUCUUGUGCCUCUCCCCAAUCUUCUUAUCUCACGCCACGUCCCAACACUCCCAGCUCGUCUUCUCCAUCACCUUCUUUUCAUUCACCGACCCCUUCCUUCAACUUUGACCUUGCAGAGCCUGCAGGACCCCUGAAGAACCGCCCUCUCAUGACAUCCUCCAUCAACCUGCCAGAGGAUGAUCUGCUACCUCCUCUGGACCAGCCUCUCCCUACCCGCGACUGGGUCACUAUUGAGGGCGAUUUUGUCCUGGUGCUUGCCAUCUACCAGAGCCACCUGGGAGCAGAUCUUCACGCUGCGCCUCAGGCUCGAUUUGAUGAUGGGCUGAUCCAUCUGACAUUUGUGCGGGCUGGUAUCUCUCGGGCUACACUGCUUAGAUUGUUCUUGGCAAUGGAGAGGGGAGCCCAUUUGUCCCUUAGCUCUCCUUAUGUUAGUCAUGUUCCUGCUCGGGCGUUCCGCCUUCAGCCGCUUUCACCACGAGGAACCCUCACUGUAGAUGGAGAGCUGGUACCCUAUGGGCCACUCCAGGCACAGGUUCAUCCCUCGAUGGCUCGUUUGAUUGUUGGGGACUCUGGAAUAAAGAUUACAAGAUUCUGACCUGUUUGGAUUUGAACGGGCAGGGAUUAGCGUGACGCUUUGGAUUAUAUAACAUUUUGCAAUCCGUAAAUUGAAGGGGAGAGAGAAACAGAAAGCCAGCAGUUGCAAUCACUGCUUUUACUGGGAUUAACUGAGGGAUUGCUUAUUCAAGCUGCAUAUGGGAGGAGUAUUUUUGAAUUUAACGAAGGGAUGAAAACUUGCAGCCUAUUGCACGACUGUAGGAUUACACUUGGAUUACCCUCACUGUAGUCGGUGAGAGAAUGCAGAAAUGCCUACAUAAAUGAAGAAACAGCAAAACUGAAUGUGUCCAACUGGUGUAUACAUUUUAGUAUGCAUUUGUGCAUAGAUUCUCAGCAGUACUUCCUGCCUUAUUUCAGAGAGUGGAAUGACACUAACAAUAGUCAGCUUUAAGGUUGUCACGCCAACAUCCAAAUAUGAUUCCACCCAUUUUGCAAAAUAGGUACCCCUGGAAUGCCUUAUCCAUCGCUGUAGUUUUAAGUGCAACCACCCCUUAAUUUACAUACUCGCUUAGUAUCACACUUGCUCUGAAACCCCAUUUAGCAAAGAUUUAUCUGCCUUGAUCGAAGUCUCCGUCCAGCUUUUGAAAAGUUGUUUUAUGGAACUGAUCAGAAAUGUAAUCAGUUCCAUCUUGCAUCCAUUUUUUGGCUGGUAUUUUAAGGACACAAUCAUUGUGUGGAUUGAGUGGAACAGUUAAACAUGGGCAGUAAUGGUUUAUAUUGCAUUGUUAGUUUGUGUAAGAAACGCAUGCGAUGAUCUUGAUGGUGGUGAUGAUGAUGAUGAUGAUGACGAUGAUAUUUGGUAACUAGCUAAUAUGCAUUGCAGCGAAAACAGAAAGCUAGGAAAAUUUGCAUUUGGUAUUUUUCUCUACCCCCGCUAAUAUUGUAUCACUGUCUUCUGUGACAUAAUGCAAACUUGCAUAACAUUUGCUCAUUUUUAUUCCUAAUGAAUGAAGAAAGAACUGGAAGUUAUGGAUCGACUGGUUAUGCAUCUUCUACUUCUUUUUCCUGAAAGAUUCAUGUUAAAUAUUAGGCAAGGCCCAUUUCAUCGUGAUCAGAAACAUGAUCAAUUUUUAGUCUAUUUCUUUCACAAACCAUUCUUAAGACCGAUUCACAUUUUUCAGCUCUUUAAGAGAAGAGUCCUGUGAAAAGUCCAGCUCUGGAGCUGAUCAUGAUUGUACCGGAGCCUUCCCAGUGCUUUAACUUUAGAAAAAUGCCCUAUUUGCAUUUCUUCUGUCCUUUUCAUUUUCCAGAGGACCACAACUUGAAAAAUGCUCAAAAAGACUCUUUUUGCUCUCUUUUCUGAAAUGAAAGUGGUUAGCUAAUAAUAUUUAAUUCCAAUAACUCGACUGGUAUUUCCGAACAGCUGUUUAUUUCUGUCUAGUGCAAUCAUUCUGUUGAUCACCGCCGUCCUCAGCUCUUAAGUGUCGGCUGAUAUGUAGGUCUAGUGCGAGUCUGGCACUCAAAAUGAUUUUUAGCUGCAAUCAGAUGGCCAGUUAUUUGUUUUUCAUUCCCUAUAUUUCCUUCCUUCCUUCCUUUUGUUGUACCAUGCUUAAGAGUGAUCUAAUAAAUUUGAUAUCAAGCUGCUGUCCACUUUGAAAAUGCCAGUUUAAGAUGUAUCUUUAUUCUCCGAUGCUUGUAUUAAGAUUGUAAUUACUAUUAAAAUAAUAUUAUAUUAAGCAUAUAUACAUAUUAUUUACAGUACCUAGUUCUGUAUGGUUGAAAAGUUGUUUCAGAUAAAAUUUAACUAUGAAACCAUG